AUGGCGUCCAGCGAGGAGGACGGCGCGGUCGAGGAGAAGGAGAACAACAACAAGAAGCGGACGAAGAGCGCCGUCGCCACAGCAUGGCUCACCUUCUACAACAUCGCCAUGACCGCCGGGUGGCUGGUUUUGGCGAUUACAAUGAUGCGCUUCUACAUCACGAGAGGAACACACAAGGGUCUGUACAGGAGCAUCGCGAGGACACUCAAGUUCUUCCAGACCUUUGCAUUAGUUGAGGUGGGACAUUGUGCCAUUGGAAUCGUGAGGACUUCUGUGAUCGUAACCGGGGUUCAAGUGUGUUCACGGAUUUUCAUGGUUUGGUUCAUCACCAACAGCAUCAGACAGAUCCAGAAUGAAGAGAGCGUAAUCCUAUUCCUGGUCGUGUGGACGGUGACGGAGAUCACCAGAUAUUCCUACUACACAUUCAACCUGCUCCACCACCUGCCGUACUUCAUCAAAUGGGCCAGAUACAACCUCUUCAUCGUCCUGUACCCUCUGGGAGUCGUGGGAGAGCUGUUCACCAUUUACGCCGCCCUGCCGUUUGUGCGCCGGUCCGGGAUGUACUCCAUGAGGCUUCCCAACAAGUACAACGUGUCGUUUGACUACUACUACUGCCUCAUCGCCGUCAUGCUGUCCUACAUCCCACUGUUUCCUCAGCUGUUUUUCCACAUGCUGCGGCAGAGGAGAAGGGUGCUUCACGGGGAGGUCAUCGUGGAGAAGGACGUCUAG